AUGUCUGAUGAAUCCUCAUCGUUUAAUCUUUCAUUUUUGAGCCCCUCUACGUUUAAUAGUGGAUCGACAAGUAGGGCAGAAAUAAAGCUGGUCUCAACACCUAUCAAUUCCAAAAAGAAUGCAAACGAAUUGUCUCCAGUAGAUCUUGAUGAAAUAACGAAAAAUUCGAAUCCAAGAACUCCAAAUUCCAAAAAUGAUGUGAAACAGGAUAAAUUGCAUUCUAUAUUAAAAAGUGGUCGUAACAAAUCUUCAUCCAGGAGACAACUUGAAGAAUACUCAAUCACAGAGUCAUUAUUGAAGAAGCAUCCUGAAUUGAAGCUUGCAGCUAAGAAUGGGGACAUAAAUCCUGUGAAAGGAGCACGAGUGAUAUUUUCUCCCACAAAGGAAGUCUUAUCGUACCGAAAUGACUAUUUUGAUGACUAUAGCGAAGAAGAAUCCGUCAGUAAUUUGAGGAAAAUUCGGAAGAACAAAAGCAAAAACAAUUAUGAUGAAGAUCGUACGAUUGACUUAACAAACGAGAAUAAUAAUGACAAUAAGGACACAGCAACAGAAGCAAAAGAGAAAACAAGUAUUUUGAGUAAAAUUGUGAGUGAUCCAAAUAUACCGUAUGUGCUUUCGUUAUAUCUUCAACUACUUUUCAAUCUUUUAUUAAUAGGAACCAUAUUGUACCUACUCUUCAUAUUCAUCAGAACUAUAAAAUCAGAUAUAAGCCACAAGCUUGAAACGUACACCUCCGAUGCAAUUCAAGAAAUUUCUCUUUGUUCACGAGAAUAUUAUAGAAAUAAGUGCUCAAUUGAGGAUGGCCAGACGAGGGUGCCUGCUUUGGAAAAGGCUUGUACCAUGUGGAGUAAAUGUAUGAAUCGAGACCCCCAGCUAAUUGGUAAAUCGAAAAUUACAGCAGAAACAUUUGCGGAUAUAGUCAACGGGUUUGUUAAGCCUAUAACAUGGAAAUCGUUGUUCUUUAUGAACUUCAUGAUAUUCGGGAGUUUAUUCAUUACAAAUAUAGCUUUGGGAAGCUAUAGAAACUCUUCAGCGUUUACUAAUGCUUCAAAGAAAGAACUUACGGAGAUGCAAAAGGAAUACGAAAAAAAGUUUGAAGAACAAAAUAAAUUACUCCUAGAAUAUAGAAACCAACUACGUGAUCAAAAUGAUACAUCAAUGAACAAUACCAAUUCCUUCAUCACCACCUAUGCGGGAAAUACUCCUAAUAUGAAUAGAAUACAUCCUUCGCAAUCCUACAAUCAAAUAAUGUUACAUGACCAUAAUAAUACCCAUUCGUAUGCAUCGCCUGUAUUAAAUAGAAACAACCCAUAUAAAUGA